GCUUGGAUGACGGUCCCGUGGAGGGAGGGGACGGAGGCGGGACCCAGCCAGUCCCCGCUUCUCUGCGCUGGCGAGUCGGGGACUAGGGCUGGAGAGAUCGCCGGGGAGCAUCGUCACCACUCCAGCACGGAGCCUCGCCUGGCCAAACACUGCGCACUACACUCGUUGGGAUUGCAAAACAUUCCUGAGAAAUAUACCUGCUAUUUAUGGCAUGUGGCUGGUAACUUUAUUCCUGCUGUAUUCUUUUCAAGAAGUGCACAGCGAGGAUGUGGGCUCGACGCGGCUGUACUUUGUGAACGCCUCCUUGCAGAGGGUGACGUUCUCCAGCUCGGUGGGGGUGUCCCUGCCCUGCCCAGCGGGCGGUGCCCCCCACGCCGUCCUGCGCUGGUACCUGGCCACCGGCGACGACAUCUACGACGUCCCGCACAUCCGCCAUGUCCACGCCAACGGGACGCUGCAGCUCUACCCCUUCUCCCCCUCGGCCUUCAACAGCUUCAUACACGACAACGACUACUUCUGCACCGCCGAGAACCAGGCCGGAAAGAUCCGCAGCCCCAGCAUCCGCGUCAAGGCCGUGUUCAGGGAGCCCUACACAGUGCGAGUGGCCGACCAGCGCUCCAUGCGGGGCAACGUAGCCGUCUUCAAGUGCCUCAUCCCGGCUGCCGUGCAGGAGUACGUCAGCGUGGUGUCCUGGGAGAAGGACACGGUCUCCAUCGUCCCAGCCUCUUGUCUGAGCCCCUGAAUGGUGAUUGACUGCCGUGGAAGGGGAUGGCUUCUCGAUGUGUCAUUAAUGACUAAUCAAUGGGCGGCGUGUUAUAUAUCGAGCGCCCGGGGGAGACUGCGAGAAGCCUCUAAUCCAGACGACUCCACAAAGGCCACCGAACGCAGCGCCCAGACAGCGGCCC